GGAAGUGACGUUCUGACAGCGCAUCAUCCACGUAGCGUUUUGAGUACAUAUUUGUGCAUUGCUGUUCAGGAACAUCUGAGCAGUCAUCAGAAGUAACGGUUUGUGUGGUGUAUCCGUAUAACGCAUAACUUUAUCAAUCGCUAUGGAUCAAAUCAAGAAGCUCACUGAACCUGGCCGUCAGUUCGCCAAGGACAGCAUCCGACUUGUCAAAAGAUGUACCAAACCAGAUCGCAAAGAAUUUCAGAAGAUUGCUAUUGCUACUGCGAUUGGUUUCUGUAUAAUGGGCUUCAUAGGAUUCUUCGUUAAGCUAAUCCAUAUCCCAAUCAACAAUAUCAUUGUAGGUUCAUAAUAUUAAUCUUGAUUCUCAUCAAUAUUAUUAAGGAAAUUAUUGAUAAUUAUUGAUAAGGUUCUGUAAGACUAUGUGCGUUAAUACUUGUCCCUUAAUUAUCUUAUUUAUAAUAAAAAAAAUGUAUUUGC